AUGGGUAAAAAACGACUAAUUGAGAUACUGACUGUUAAUACAGAUGACAAGCUUGAACAAAAUGGUGCGCUUAGAAAUGUGGCAGUAAAGGACGCAUGGCAACGACUGCGCCAGAAGAUAGAUGUUAAUGAGUGGAAGGAAGCUGACAAGGUGCUUCAGGAGUUGUCAUGGAACCUCCAGAAGAUCAACCUUUUCAAGGCCGUGUCCUCGGUCCUAGGGAAACUCAAAGCCGCGUUUCAAAACCCAGAUCAAUUCGUCGAAGAAAACGAUUAUUCUUCCUCUGGUACACCCACCCCAAGGGACAAGGAGCAAACCACUCAGUUGCUUCACAUGACCAGCGAUAUGACGCGAGCAAAAGAUGAUAUGGAUAUCAUAAGAGCUUGUCUGGAAACUGUUAAAACUAAACUGGAGAAAGAAAACACAGUGCCUGAAAAUAUCGACACUCCUGUCGGAGCUUCCAUGGAUGUCCAGAGCUGCUUCCAGGUCAUUGUUUCCAUUUGUGAGCGGUGUCAUAAAAAUGGCAGAGAAAUCGAACAACUGAAAAGGAAGACAGAAGCAUAUGAAGCCAAGAACAAAGAUUUAGAAAAGGAAACAAGCGAAAAGCAGGAACAAAUUGACCGGUAACACGCUAGUAUUUAAUUGUAAAAAAACUGUAGGCUUAGAUAUGUUACACAUGCGAGAAAAUAA